AUGGGAAGUCCAAAAAUCUCACACUUGGCCCCACUGAUUGGUAUAAGAUCGCUCCCCAGUGCGCAGGCACACUUCGUGUUUUAUAACUCAAGUUACACAGAUUUUGCAAGGGCCGCUGAUAAGGCUGAUGGACUCGCCGUGGUUGGUGCUUUUUUCGAGCUGGGUUCGGAGCCGAAUGGAAUUUUAAGCAGAUUGCAAAGCAAGUUUGAAAUGAUCGUCGCAGAAGGGAAAAGUGUCCCAGUGGUAGACACAGAUAAAAUUUUUUUGAAAGAUCUGGUACCUGCAUUUAACAAUGGUUCGCCUUACUACACUUACCAAGGAUCCCUUACCACCCCUCCCUGCUUCGAAUCUGUACGAUGGAUUGUGUUGUCAGAAACUGCACCAUUUAGUCCAUCCCAGCUUAUAAUGUUCAAUCGGCUCCAGUCUUCCACUGGUUACGGUGAUGGAAAGAUGUGCAACAACUUCAGACCAGUACAACCAAGGAAAGGGAGAGAUGUGUUCCUGAUUUAUUGAGGAAUGGAAAAUACUCAUAAAAACUUUUAACCAGUACAGUCGAGUGACAGAAGCAUGCGUU